AUGCGUGCUCGAGGCGAGUGCACAUGCGUGCUCGAGGCGAGUGCACAUGCGUGCUCGAGGCGAGUGCACAUGCGUGCUCGAGGCGAGUGCACAUGCGUGCUCGAGGCGAGUGCACAUGCGUGCUCGAGGCGAGUGCACAUGCGUGCUCGAGGCGAGUGCACAUGCGUGCUCGAGGCGAGUGCACAUGCGUGCUCGAGGCGAGUGCACAUGCGUGCUCGAGGCGAGUGCACAUGCGUGCUCGAGGCGAGUGCACAUGCGUGCUCGAGGCGAGUGCACAUGCGUGCUCGAGGCGAGUGCACAUGCGUGCUCGAGGCGAGUGCACAUGCGUGCUCGAGGCGAGUGCACAUGCGUGCUCGAGGCGAGUGCACAUGCGUGCUCGAGGCGAGUGCACAUGCGUGCUCGAGGCGAGUGCACAUGCGUGCUCGAGGCGAGUGCACAUGCGUGCUCGAGGCGAGUGCACAUGCGUGCUCGAGGCGAGUGCACAUGCGUGCUCGAGGCGAGUGCACAUGCGUGCUCGAGGCGAGUGCACAUGCGUGCUCGAGGCGAGUGCACAUGCGUGCUCGAGGCGAGUGCACAUGCGUGCUCGAGGCGAGUGCACAUGCGUGCUCGAGGCGAGUGCACAUGCGUGCUCGAGGCGAGUGCACAUGCGUGCUCGAGGCGAGUGCAUAUACACGCAUGCUUGCAUGGAUUGGAGAGCAUUAG